AUGGCGGCGGCAGUGGCGGCGGCGGCGGUGGCAAAAGAAGAGGAGGCAUUUUGCAUUUCGCAGGACAGCAUUCGGCGUUUUUUCCCUUCCCCCUUCGGUUCUACAAACGGCGGUACGAAUACACAUGCAGGCGCAGGAAGAGCUGUACGAUGUCGAGAGGCGAGAGAGCAAACGGUUUCUGGGAGAAAGAAGAGGACGGCGUUCGCAUCCUUCCGCCUCACUUGUCAAGAUCUCAUUCAAGCUGCUGUAAGAUAUGCAGCAUGUGGUGCUCGGUACCAGACUUUUGUUUUGCUUUUUUCCGGCGGCGGCAUAUUCUCAUGA